AGAGCAGUGUCUUCAUCCAGAAAUUGGCCGGAGGAUUGAGACAGAUGUUCUCAAAUAACGAUGAGGCCGUGAUCAAUAAAAAGCUCCCCAAAGAGCUCCUGCUUCGAAUAUUCUCCUUCCUGGAUGUGGUCACCCUAUGCCGUUGUGCUCAGGUCUCCAGGGCAUGGAACGUCCUGGCCCUGGAUGGCAGCAACUGGCAACGCAUUGACCUGUUUGAUUUCCAGAGGGACAUAGAGGGACGAGUAGUAGAGAAUAUUUCUAAAAGAUGUGGGGGUUUCUUGCGAAAGCUGAGCUUGCGCGGAUGCCAAGGCGUUGGAGACAAUGCAUUAAGGACGUUUGCACAGAACUGCAGAAAUAUUGAAGUGCUGAACCUAAACGGCUGCACCAAGAUCACAGAUGCUACCUGUACAAGCCUUAGCAAGUUCUGCUCCAAACUCCGGCAUCUUGAUCUGGCUUCCUGCACUUCAAUAACCAACCUGUCCCUCAAAGCAGUGAGCGAGGGGUGCCCCCUGCUGGAGCAGCUCAACAUCUCCUGGUGUGACCAAGUGACAAAAGAUGGCAUCCAGGCUUUGGUGAGAGGCUGCGGUGGACUCAAAGCCCUGUUUCUUAAAGGCUGCACACAGCUGGAGGAUGAAGCCCUCAAAUACAUUGGCGCGCACUGUCCUGAACUGGUGACUCUGAACCUGCAGACCUGCUUGCAAAUUACAGAUGAUGGCCUCAUUACAAUAUGCAGGGGGUGCCACAAGCUGCAAUCUCUGUGUGCCUCUGGCUGCUCCAACAUCACUGACGCCAUCUUGAAUGCUUUAGGGCAAAACUGUCCAAGACUUAGAAUAUUGGAAGUGGCCCGAUGCUCUCAGCUCACAGAUGUGGGCUUUACCACUCUGGCUCGGAAUUGUCAUGAGCUGGAAAAAAUGGAUCUGGAGGAAUGCGUUCAGAUAACAGACAGCACGUUAAUCCAGCUCUCGAUACACUGUCCACGGCUCCAGGUUUUGAGUUUAUCCCACUGCGAGCUGAUCACCGACGACGGGAUUCGCCACUUGGGCAACGGUGCCUGCGCUCACGACCGCCUGGAGGUAAUCGAGCUGGACAACUGCCCUCUGAUCACCGACGCCUCCUUGGAACAUCUCAAGAGCUGCCACAGCCUGGAGAGGAUAGAAUUGUAUGACUGUCAACAGAUCACACGGGCAGGAAUCAAGAGACUCAGGACUCACUUACCCAAUAUUAAAGUCCACGCCUACUUCGCCCCCGUGACCCCACCGCCAUCCGUGGGGGGCAGCAGACAGCGCUUCUGCAGAUGUUGCAUCAUCCUAUGACGCGGGAGCCGGUUCACUCUGCGCAAAAAGAGAAUAACUGAGUAUUUAAAUUGCCCUCCUAGAAGUAACAGCAGACACACCAGUCUCUCCGUGGAAGAGUGAUGCCGGCGGUCCCUUUGCCAGGGCCACCGGAGAAGAAAGCAAAGCAGGGUGUGGGGAGGGGGGGGCUGGCUGCAGAACGGGGUCCUCCCUCUUGCCGUAGAGCUACACACUCAACUACAUGCCAUGGUGUGUACACUCACACACAUGCGAGCUCUCUUUCUUUAUCUGUCUCUCUCUCUCACUGACACACACACACACACAAACACGCACACACAUCCCCACCCAAGUACCCAUACACCUGCCUACAUGUUCCAGCCUACAAGAAGGACCGUGGAGCUGGGGAGCGGGAUCGGUGAGAGAUCCCCUUUCUCCCC